AUGUUUGAGGGCCGCCAUGCCGCCGACCGCUAUCGCUCAGUCGUUCUCACGUCUGCCGAAAUGGUCGAGAUUCGUGCAGCGCAAAGAACGUUCGAGGGAGCCUACAUCCGCACGGCCAUCGGACAGUUCUCGUUCGCCCUGAUCGUGCUCAAGAUCUUCACGGCUGAGUUCUACUCCAUCGGUGCGCUAUUCGCAGUCUAUGGGGCAGGCAUUCUGUUCAUCAGCUUGUUCAGACGGCAGCAGGGCAAUAAGCAGUUCUUCUCAGAACUAGGCGAGGAUGGUCUCCAUAGGAAAAAGUUCAGGACGAGCGGCAAUGUGGUGAGCGUGUUGACUGCGCUGAGUGUCUCGGCGUACGUCUGUUUGCUGGUGCUCACGCUGCGGCUCGAGACGUGA